GUGGUGCGCCGUCGCCGUCGCAUGGAGUACGACCAGGAGUCGCUGCCCGGCGAGGGCGCAUCGCGGCACGAUGGCGGCGGUCGGGGGCUGUAUCGCCUCGAAUCCAAUCCUAGCAGUACUAGCAUUUUUGAGGAUGUGGAAAUGGCCCAAGAUGAGCUGUACUCUGGGCCGAUGGCUGAGAGCCUACCAACGAGCCUGUCUGCAUUUGCACACCGCAGACCGAGAGCAGAUUCGACCACUAGUUUCGCGUUCUACCAAGAGGACGAAGACGAGGAAGAUUCUUCUGCGGCUGGUAGGCCUUUGCUGGGGGACGGGUCCACAGACAUAGAUGACUUGGAUGAAAUUCCGUUCCACCCCGAGAUCGAGGACGAGGAAGACUCGACCGACCUCGAGCGGCAGGCUCCCGACAAUGACUACGUGCUGCAUCGCCGGAACUCGACGCAUUCACGACAUUCAGUUCACUCGAGACUCCUACGACGUGACAGUGCUGCCACGGAGGGUAGCUCCUAUGGCAACGGGAGGGUCAGCCAGAAGAUCUACAUGGUUAGCGAGGACCUGACUAUAGUCAUCGCAGGGUUCAAAACAAGUCUGGCAGGCCUGGCCGCCUACACCAUAAUUUGUCUUGGCACUCUUGGUAUCGGCUGGCUGCUUUUCCGUUGGCUCCCCAGGUGGCACGUCAAGCUGCUGGGACAGCCAUGCCCCCUACAUGAGUGUGAAUGGGUCGUAAUCGAAAAUCAAUGGGGUGAAAUGACUAUUCUGGAUGUACAGAGCAGGCCGUACGGACGCUCUUUGUCCACCGUGUUUGGUCAACCCGGAAAGCUGUCUGCAUACGCUCUCGAGGAAGACUCGGACCCGAUCUUGACAGAACUCCGCGUGGUUGACUACCGCUACGUCCGUUUCUAUUUCCAGCCAUUGAGAGACAAGUUCAUGCUGUGCAACGGCUGGAAAGAUCCUAACUGGACAGACGUUCACUCGAUCCGCACCGGAAUCGACAGCGAGGAAAAAAGUCACCGUGACCUGGUGUUUGGCACAAACCUUAUCGACAUCGAACAAAAGUCGGUAUUUCGCCUGCUCGUGGAUGAGGUCUUCCAUCCUUUCUAUGUUUUCCAGAUCGCAAGUUUGAUCCUCUGGUCCAUGGACGAGUAUUACUAUUACGCUACAGCCAUCUUCCUCAUGUCCUUUGGCAGUAUCACUGCCACUCUCAUAGAGACGAGAGCUACCAUGCGCCGCCUACGAGAAAUUUCGAGGUUUGAGUGUGACGUUCGCGUGCUGCGAAACGGUUUCUGGCGCUACGUUGCCUCGGGUGACCUCGUUCCUGGUGAUAUUUACGAAGUCAGCGAUCCCAACCUGACUCAGUUUCCAGCCGACAGCCUGCUGCUUGGUGGUGACUGUAUCGUCAACGAGAGCAUGUUGACUGGCGAGUCUGUCCCUGUUUCGAAGAUUCCAGCCACCGAUGAAUCGCUUCACGAUCUCAAUCUAGCAGCAGCAACGUUAUCACCAGAAUUGGCACGGCAUUUUCUGUUCUGCGGUACCAAGAUCAUCCGCGCUCGAAGACCUGCCGAGGGUGGCGAGGGCGAGGCUGUCGCACUCGCAAUGGUGGUUCGUACCGGCUUCAACACGACCAAGGGGUCACUAGUGAGAUCCAUGCUGUUUCCCAAGCCUUCAGGCUUCAAGUUUUACCGGGAUUCAUUCCGUUACAUCUCUGUUAUGGCUGGCGUUGCCAUGGUGGGCUUUAUUGCCUCCUUCAUAAACUUUGUUCAUCUCGAUUUAGCAUGGCAUCUGAUCAUCGUGAGGGCCCUGGACCUCAUCACUAUCGUCGUGCCACCAGCCCUCCCCGCAACCCUCCAGAUCGGCACCAAUUUUGCGCUCAGUCGCCUCAAAAAGAAGCAGAUAUACUGUAUCAGUCCGCAAAGGGUAAAUGUGGGCGGAAAGAUAGACAUAAUGUGCUUUGACAAGACUGGCACACUCACUGAAGAAGGACUCGACGUUCUAGGAGUCAGAGUAGUCUCAAAAGCCACCAAAAGCUUCAGCGAUACACUUACAAACCCCGAGAUACUUACCGAGCCUCAAGGGGAUUCUGGAGACAACGAAAGCAACCGGAAAGCCGCCCUGUUCACGAUGGCUACGUGCCAUUCGCUCCGAUCAGUGGACGGAGAACUCGUCGGCGACCCUCUGGAUCUCAAGAUGUUUGAAUUCACUCGAUGGUCUUUCGAGGAGAGUGAGCAGGGUUUUGGCGGAGAGUCUGCGGAGGAGGAGCAGGGCAAUCUCUCUCCGUCCAUUGCCAGACCCCCCGCGGACUUGAAGGACUUGCUAGACUGGCACGAUAACAGCGGGCGACCUGUUGCCUUUGAGCUCGGUGUGCUGAAGUCGUUCGAGUUUGUAUCUCAAUUGCGCAGGGCCAGUGUCAUUGUGAGGACAUAUGGACAACAAAGCGGAGAUAUUUAUGUCAAAGGCGCACCGGAAUGCAUGAAGGACAUUUGCAAGCCAGAAACCUUCCCCGUCGAUUACGAUGAGCUGCUGUCUUACUACACGCACAAGGGCUACCGCGUAAUUGGGUGCGCAACCAAGCACAUCAACAAGCUCAGCUGGGUCAAGGCACAGAAGAUGAAGAGGGAGCAAGCCGAGUCCGACCUUGACUUUGUCGGAUUUAUCAUUUUUGAGAACAAGCUCAAGCCAACCACCGCCGCCGUUUUGGAGGAGCUGGUCAAGUCCAACAUCGGCGCAGUUAUGGUGACAGGCGACAAUAUCCUGACUGCGAUCAGUGUAGCCAGAGAGAGUAACCUCAUCGACAAGACGGCUCACUGCUUCAUCCCAAGGUUCAUACACGGCAACUCGACGGACCCCAACUCGCAGCUUCAGUGGGAGAGUAUAGACAACAACAUGCUACAGCUGGAUGAAAAGACGCUACUGCCACUCCCUCCUCCACCUCAGAGUGACGCAUCGCUUCCAUACGACAUUUCAAACAUCCGGAACUACUCGAUAGCAGUCAGUGGUGAUGUCUUUCGGUGGGUCGUUGACUACGCGCGACCCGAGGUCCUGCACCGUAUGCUUGUUUGUGGCAAGGUGUUUGCGCGAAUGUCUCCGGAUGAGAAACACGAGCUUGUGGAAAAGCUUCAAAGCAUCGAUUACUGCGCUGGGUUUUGCGGUGAUGGUGCAAACGACUGCGGAGCCCUCAAGGCGGCGGAUGUUGGCAUUUCGCUAUCUGAAGCCGAGGCCUCGGUCGCUGCGCCCUUCACAUCUCGAGUGUUUGACAUUAGAUGUGUUCCUGAGGUCAUUCGUGAGGGCCGCGCUGCGUUGGUGACGAGCUUUAGUUGUUUCAAGUACAUGAGUUUGUACUCUGCAAUUCAGUUCACGUCAGUCAGCUUCUUGUACGCGUCGGCAUCGAAUCUUGGAGACUUUCAGUUUUUAUUCAUUGACCUCGCUCUUAUCUUACCGAUUGCUAUUUUCAUGAGCUGGGCCGGUCCUUAUCCUCAGCUAUGCAGAAAACGGCCAACGGCAGAUCUUGUCUCACGCAAAGUCUUGACACCGCUCCUAGGUCAAAUGUGCAUUUGCAUCGCUAUCCAGGCGGCCGUCUUUAUUGCAGUCCGCAAACAGCCUUGGUUUAUUCCUCCCAAAAUCGAGCACGAGGAAUCGAAUAUCGAGAACUCGGAGAACACAUCACUCUUCCUCAUCUCGUGCUUUGAGUACAUACUUGCUGGCGUGGUCAUUAACGCAGGGCGUCCUUUCAGGCAAGGCAUGCUGAAGAAUUGGCCGUUUGUCGCCACGAUCGGCAUUACUUUGCUUGCAACAUUAUACAUGGUCCUUGGGCCCGCUCAACGGCUAACGGACUUGAUGGAGCUGACAUGGAUGGCUAUGGAUUUCAAGUUGUAUAUUAUUGCCAUGGGCUUUGUGUAUCUGGCCAUUGCAUACGCUGCGGAGCAUUACGUCUUCCAACGCAUCGCGAGGGUGAUUGGCCACUUGAACCAGGCUGUCACUGGACAGGCAAAGAAGAGGAAGGAGUACAAGAUGAUACAGGAGAGGAUGAGAGCAUAA